AUGUCGGAAGACGCUGUUCUUCAGCAGGAAAUCGAUUCUCUUAAAGCUGAGAUAUCCGAACUGCGAAGAAAGCAAGAAGCACUGGACAAGGAUCUAGGUUUUAACUUCAGUGUUUACAAUGAUCACGGUACUGUAGGGAUACCAGAAACUGCUAAUCAAUUCACCAAAUUCCCUGCUUUAGGAGGACCUCUGCAUCAAAAAUCCGAUAAAGCCCAGGUAACAUUACUGAGAACGCCAGAUGGUUCCCCUUCAAAAGGCAUGGCCCGGAGCAUGCGCUAUGAGAAAAUACCGUCUGAUAUCUCAGAGCCUGAAUGGGUUCUCAGGACCCAACCUCCAGUGGAACACAAGAUGUUCGACAGCGGUGUAGCCGACCUAAUAGAUACAGACAUCUUAAAAUCACCAUCCAAGCGUAAAUCUUUUGCUUCGUCCAGAGAACAACAAGAGAGGUUGCAAAAGUUGGAUAUCGAGAACUUCUACAGGGCAUUUGGAAGAAGUUUAUUCCCGGUCGUAGAUCCCAGUGAUCUACGUCCACAAGAGUCAGGAAUAGUUGAGGUUAAACGACAAAUGUUAGGGCUUAGGAUAGAAGUAUUCAAUGAGUUAGACCGGUCUUUUGAGCCGCCACACUAUAUAUUGUUCAAGAGGAGUCUGAACAAUGACCAUUGGGAUAUUUUUCGACACACGGUGCCGUCUUAUGUGGGUUUAGAAGAGGUGUUUGAGCACAUGCGUAAUCACAACACAUUGUCAGACAUUUCUCAAAUCCACACGUUUGCGAAGAAGGUUUACAAAGCAUUGCAAUACGUGUCUAUAAAAAUGCAACAAUUGCGUUCUCUGGAAAUGAGCGGCAAGGUCUCGAACCUAGCGACAGACCCUGCGUGCACCAUAGCAUCCUUCAAAAUUUCUGGGGUUUCCACGUUAUUCAAGUUGAAAAUAGAAGGCCUUGAGAUUGUAGCCUAUUCCUGCAUGCCAUUAAGCCAGAAAAACUGGGCCACAAUGCUGCUGGGGCCUGUAGCAACUCUGAAUGAUAGGUUGGAUCUUCUAACAUCAUAA